AGAGACUAGUCGCUAGUGUGACUGUCCUAUGUCUAUCAUUCCCGACACUUACAGGCACUGCAACAAAGCGGACGACAAGAUUUUUUUAUGGGGACGCGCGCGCGCGCGCCAAUAACUGACAAGACAGUUUGGGCAACUUUUUUCUCCUUAUUUUUUUCCAUGAAUAUACAGGAAAUGGUCACAUAUAUUAAGCUGUCUGUCGUAAAAAUCUGUAUCAGCACAAAUAGCUAAGAUACACAGCUCAGUGUGGUAUUUGUACGCGCGAGAUCGUUAUCUUUCAGAGCAUCGCUCGUGCGCUUCUUGCAAGUGUGGAGUGGUGCAAGCAGUGACUCCGGUCAAACAACAAACACGCGAUUUCUUAGAAUAUUUUUAAACAUCUUUUAUUAUCUAUUAAUAUCGCUUUCGCUCUCAGGAUGUAAUACACAUGUAUAGCCUAUUUAACAGCAGGUGAGGAGAAUAAGUUCGGAAAAAACUUUUGGAAAAACUUCCACGCCGAAUAAUCUUGGAAUAACUCGAAAGGUUAUUUACCCUGUUCAAACGCACAGGACUAUAAAAACAUCCCUAACAAGAGAGAAGACAUAGAGAUGGAGCUCCCUGCGGAACCCCGGUGGAUGAUGCACGGUCACCAUUCAGCCUUAAUGGGAACCCCAGAUUCAUUGACUCCACACGUCGGUUUAGGACAUCAUGGUUCUGGGUAUAUGGAGUCAAGUGCUCCUUUAUUACCACCUGAUGAGGUGGAUGUAUUUCUCAAUCAUUUGGACUCUCAAGGAAACAACUUUUAUCACACACACGGAGCUCACUCUCACACUCGUGGACGAAUGUCCUACAGCCAGACACAUGCUCGCCUUACUGGUGGCUCAAUGUGUCGACCCCACUUUAUCCAUACCCAAGGUCUUCCGAUACUGGAGAACAGCAAAUCGGCCCAACACAACACAUGGGCCGUCGGUCACCUGGGCAAAGCGGUUCUUCAUUCAACAGGCGUUGAAAACUCGAACAGUCUUUACCCGGGAAGUAGUACGUCUGCUCCAGGUUCGAUGCCAUGCCUGUCAAUGACGCAACGCUGCAGCCCACAAAUGUACUGCCUCCCCCCUACUCCACCCAAAGAUGCUUCCCCGGACCCUGCGAGCGCUGCGGCUAUAAGAGACACUGGAAAGUACCACUUGCAUUUCGUUGACGGAAUGAAGAUGGAGUACUCAAGCCCAAUACGCAGCAAUCUGGCGCAUACAACGACACAUAUUCCCUCAUACUCCGAUUAUGCUUUACCUGGAGCGAACGAGUACCCCGGCAGUGUGUUUUACUCCAGAAGUCUGCUCGGGUCCUGUGCGAGCAACACGCCAUCUAGAUGCAAAAGCAAAAGCCACGCUUUCUCAGGCCGUGAGUGCGUGAACUGUGGAGCUACGUCAACUCCUUUGUGGCGAAGGGAUGGAACAGGUCAUUACCUGUGCAAUGCAUGUGGGCUUUACCACAAAAUGAACGGACAGAACCGACCACUCAUCAGACCCAAGCGCCGAAUGUCAGCCUCCAGGCGAGCAGGCACCUGUUGUGCAAACUGCCAGACUGGCACCACCACACUUUGGAGACGCAAUGCCAACGGGGAACCUGUUUGUAAUGCCUGCGGUCUAUACUACAAACUACACAAUGUUAACCGUCCCCUAACUAUGAAGAAAGAUGGGAUUCAGACCCGCAAUAGGAAAAUGUCUAGCAGACCUAAGAAAAGGAAGGGGGACCUUCAACAAUUUGACAGUUGUGUGCAAAAUAAACCAUUAAGCCACAUGGUCAACAUGCCCCAUCAAUUUAAUAUGACCCGGCCAAUACAAUUACAUCCUGCAUUUAGUCAUACUAGCUUAGUCACCGCCAUAGGCUAAGAGAAAGAUCCAACUAUUAAAAUUAUAAUACACCAUUGCAUUCUUGUGCUUGGAUUUUCACAUUUAGUCCCAAAUUGUAACACAUCUCCUAUGUAUAAAACAUAAUAGAGUAAUAAGAGGGAUAGUUGUGACUGACUGAAGGACAUUUUGUUUAUGAUUUAACCUUGUCUUACUAAACUUGUUACAUGUUAUUUAUGUGUAAAACAUAGCAAACAUGGUUUGUUUUAAUAUUAAAAGUCUGUUUCGAGGUCAUUUAAAACUUUAAAUUUAAAUUCUAUAUUAAUUGAUUAAAUAUAAGAAAUUUGCACUUUAUUUUGUGAAUUAUUGAAAUGUAUUCUAAGCCGACAUAUUUGACUAGUACAUCACAUGUAAUAAAUUAGCCAGUUAUUGAUUUAUAGUAAAUAUUCCCAAAGUAAAAAUCACCAGUAUAACAACUUUUUUUCCUGGCUGAAAACCCCAACACCUCAAUACUGAGGGUGCACUGUAUCUUUGAAACUGUGAAGACAAGACGGAGGAUAGUAUUUUUGCCUAUACAUAACAAAUGAGGCUUCAACUCCUGCGUUUUAAAGAUCUUAAUAUAAAAAAAGAGUUUUCAAGAUUUGUCAAUAUACCACUUGUAAUUAUAUUAUUAUUGCUAUAAUUUAUUUCUUUCUUUGUUCUUACUUUAAAG